GACUGAAGACCGAAGACUGACUCCAUAGACCCCAUUACUUGCAUUACACAAAACAGCCACUAAAAGUACAAAAACAAAAACAGUCAUCGUAUCUCUCGUGUGAUCAUUUUCAAAGUUUUUCUUUGCGUUGCGGAUUUAAGUGCGGUGUUGAAAGUGUCCUAAACUGAGAACAGUAGCACAUCGAAGUCACUAAGCAGCAGCUGUUAAAAGGAAGAUGUUCAUCCUAGCGUUGUUCUGCCUGCUGGCUGCCGUGGGCAGCCAAGCGAAGCCACUGCAACCUGUGGUGGAGCCGGCGCAGCACAUUGUGAUUGUGACACCGCAGGCGCAGGUGCAUCUGGAGCCAGCGGUGCGCUAUGUCCACGGCCUGUCGCCCUUGGCACGUGUCUCGGGCCCCCAUCAUGAGGAGACCAUUGUGUAUGUGCCCGCUGGCACAGCUGCUUCGGUGGUGCCCAAUGUUGCUGCCGUGCAGAGCGAUGCUGUUGGCACUGGCCGUGCUCGCAAUCCCUAUCAGGCACCGGAGGGCAAACAGAUCGAGGGUAUUCCCAGCAACAUCAACGAGAUCCAACAGCAGGCUGCGCAAAACAUUCAAAUCGCCACCGGACAAUUCACUGAAGCUGCUGCCGCCGCUGCUGCCACUGGUGCUGGUUUCUUCCCUGGAUUCUUCCCCAGCAACAAUGCCAAGGAGGAGCUGCAGGCCCAGAAGAGCGAGAAGAUUGAACUGAUCGAGACGCCAGCCAACACGCAACCAUUGAUUGCUGCCGCCGAGGCGCGUCACUUCUACAGUCUGCCUCAAGUGUAUCACACGCCCGUUGUCGAUGUCGUCCAUGGUCCCGUCUACACCUGGCCCAUCUCGGCCAUUCGUGCGCGCAGCAUCCAGCCCGACGAGGCUCCUCUGCAGGCCAUCGAACAGAAACCCGAAGCUGCUGCUUUGGAGGCAGCUGCGCCUAUCGCUCCUGCCGCUCCAGCUGCCGCACCAUUGGCACCAGAACUGCCCGAGGCUCAGCCUCUGCUUAAGGAGCAGAAGUUGCCCGAGUCCCCAGAGCAGCCGCUGGAGCAGCUGGCACAGACCAUCAUUCCGGCUGCUGCCGCUGAGCCCGCAAGUGAGUCGAAGCCAGAGAUUGCUGCACGCCAGCUGGAGGAGAGCAAUGCCAUCAAACCAGAGUUGAUUAGCGCUGAGAUCCCCAAGGAAGCCCUCAAGGAGACCCUGAAGGAAGCACCCAAGGAAGCGAUUCCGGAGCCCAUCAAGGAGGAGCCCACCAAGCCACUGGAGGAACAGCCCGCCGCCUCGCCGCUGAAGGCCAUCACCAUUCCCGAGGCGAUUGUUGAGACCCAAGCGCAGGCGUUGGCCAUCCAGCCAGCUGAGGCUCAGCCGGAGAUUGACAGUGCCAUUGCCAUCAAGGCAGCGCCAGAGGCUUAGGCCAAACUGAACUGAAAUCACUCACUCACACAAACACAAAUCAUCAUCACUCAUAAACACACACACACAAACGUAUAUAUUAACUAUAUGGGCAACUUUGGUACUCUACAAACUGCAAACUGCAUUUCGUGCCUUGGCCACAGCCAGGCCGUGGGUUAAAUAAUACAUUUAGUUACUAACACAGUCAGAGCAAUAAUUUUUUUCAGCAUUUUCCGACACACACACACACGCAUUAAUUAACAAACAAAACAAACACGAAAAUCUCGCAAAAAGUAUACAAAUAAAGCAACAUCAAGCAACACGCAUCUACAUAUACGUUCAUUCAUAAAACAUCAUACAAACAACGUUCAUAAGCAUCAUUCAUCAUCAUUCAUUAUAUUCAUAACCAUAACAAUUGCAAAUGUAAAACAGAACAAUAAAAAAAAGUGAAUGUAAAAUGUACAU